GCUAAAAUCCUUUAUAAACCCCCUCCAUGUCUGCAAACAGCACAUACCCCAGGCAGCAUCAUGGGGUUAGGAGCUCUGUGUCUUCUUCUACUGUAUGGACUCAUUGGGUCCUACGCACAGCAACCAUGCAGCCUGAUAACACCCAACGUGCUGCGUGUGGACAGUGAAGAGACCAUUAUAGUAGAUGGACACGGUUCUGCGCUGGAUGCUGAAAUCAUAGUCUACGACUUUCCCCUGAAGAAGUCUAUUUUAGUUUUGAGCAAAGUCUCUGUAAAUAGCAAUAACCGGUACUUUGGAGAUGUUAAGUUGACGAUCCCCUCAAAUAAUUUAGAAAAAUACACAAAUAAGAAACAGUUUGUGUACGUCACUGUAAAGUCUGCUACUUGCUCUCUGGAGAAAGUUGUCCUUGUGAACUUUCAAAGUGGAUAUCUAUUCAUACAGACGGACAAACCCAUCUACACCCCAGGAUCUAAAGUUCUAUUCAGGAUUUUCACUGUGAACCCAGAACUAAAACCAGUGAGCAAGCGAGUGAUCACUGAAUUCCUGACUCCAAAUAAUGUCAUUGUCGAAAAAUAUGUACUUUAUCCAAACAGAAAAACUGGAAUCAUUUCCUAUUCUCAUAAACUGACAGAUCUUGUAAGUUUUGGACUGUGGACCAUAUCAGCAAAGUUUGAGAACACCUUGACAAAAUAUACCACGCAAUUUGAAAUGAAGGAAUAUGUUCAACCAAGCUUUGAAAUAAAAGUAACUUCACCUCAGAAGUUUUUCUACUUUAAAGACAAAGAACUAAGGGUGGACAUAACGGCAACCUUUCUCCAUGGUGAACCUGUUAAAGGAAACUCCUUUGUGCUCUUUGGACUCAAGAGAGACAAUGAGAAGAAAAGUCUACCAAAUACCCUGAGGAGAGUAGAUAUCGACGAGGGCGAAGGCUUUGCCAUUUUAAAAAGAGAGGACCUGGUGAAGUACUUUCAAGAAGAGAGAGACAUGUUACAAUGGACCUUAUUUGUGUCCGUUACUGUUAUAACUGAUUCAGGCAGUGAUAUGGCAGAAUAUGAGCUGAAUAACAUCUUCAUUGUGGAAUCUCCCUAUAAAAUUCUCUACACAAAAACAUCCAAGUAUUUCAAGCCCGGAAUGCCAUUCGAUCUUAAGGUAUUUGUCACUUAUCCUGAUGGGUCUCCGGCUCAUCGUGUCCCUGUUGUAGCAGAAUCAGGAAAUGUCAGAGGAACAACUCUGGAAGAUGGAACCGCUCGGCUGACUCUGAACACUCGCCCAGACAUGAACCUGCUGCAGAUAACAGUAUCAACAUUAGAUGAAAAGAUACCCAAGGAAAAGCAAGCUUCUGCCACCAUGGUGGCCUCUGCCUACAGAUCCACUGGUGGCAACUACUUAUAUCUCAGUGUAAUAGGAGGGGAAUUGAAACCAGGAGAGAAUGCAAUAAUCAACUUUAUUAUCCGGAACAAUGACAAUGCCGUUCAAAACCAGAUCAGCCAUUUCAACUACGUGAUAAUGAACAAAGGAAGGAUAAUGAAGGUGGGGACAAAGGCGAGGGAGAAGGGUCAUAUUCUUGUGACUAUGUCACUGCCAAUAACAGAAGAAUUUAUCCCUUCAUUCCGCAUUUUGGCAUACUAUACCGUGACCACUGGAGCAGAUCGGGAAAUUGUGGCUGACUCUGUUUGGAUUGAUGUGGAGGAUACCUGUAUGGGGACGCUUGUGAUAACAGGAGAUAAGGACAAAGACAAUGCUGUUCAGCAACCUGGAGCCCCAAUGAAGCUAAAACUACAAGCAGACCAUAAAGCUACCGUUGGACUGGUGGCUGUGGAUAAAGGUGUCUCUGAGAUCAACAAUAAACUGAAGAUCUCCCAGCGAAAGAUCUGGGACUUGGUGGAAAAAUAUGACAUUGGUUGCACACCAGGAAGCGGAGCCAACGCACCAGGAGUGUUUUAUGAUGCUGGCCUUGCCCUGCAGACAAGCUUUCAGAUGACAACUUCUGAGAGAUCAGAACCGUUAUGUCAACCAAAUCUGAAGCGUAGGAGACGUUCCUCAGGCCUGGUGAUUCAAGAACGGAACAAAAGAGCUGAUUAUGAAGAUGAAAUAUUUAUUGAUGAUGAUGAAAUAAUAACCAGAACAGAAUUCCCAGAAAGUUGGCUUUGGAGGAUAGAAGAAAUGAAUGAAGCACCAGAUCCCAAAGGGAUCUCCACUAAGACUAUACCCAUUUUCUUAAAAGAUUCUACCACCACAUGGGAGGUUUUGGCUGUGAGUCUAUCGGACAGUAAAGGUAAGUUGUUUCUUCUUGUCCUCAUGAAGAGUACUUCAACCAGUACGGGCAGUGAUAUGGCAGAAUAUGAGCUGAAUAACAUCUUCAUUGUGGAAUCUCCCUAUAAAAUUCUCUACACAAAAACAUCCAAGUAUUUCAAGCCCGGAAUGCCAUUCGAUCUUAAGGUAUUUGUCACUUAUCCUGAUGGGUCUCCGGCUCAUCGUGUCCCUGUUGUAGCAGAAUCAGGAAAUGUCAGAGGAACAACUCUGGAAGAUGGAACCGCUCGGCUGACUCUGAACACUCGCCCAGACAUGAACCUGCUGCAGAUAACAGUAUCAACAUUAGAUGAAAAGAUACCCAAGGAAAAGCAAGCUUCUGCCACCAUGGUGGCCUCUGCCUACAGAUCCACUGGUGGCAACUACUUAUAUCUCAGUGUAAUAGGAGGGGAAUUGAAACCAGGAGAGAAUGCAAUAAUCAACUUUAUUAUCCGGAACAAUGACAAUGCCGUUCAAAACCAGAUCAGCCAUUUCAACUACGUGAUAAUGAACAAAGGAAGGAUAAUGAAGGUGGGGACACAGGCAAGGGAGAAGGGUCAUAUUCUUGUGACUAUGUCACUGCCAAUAACAGAAGAAUUUAUCCCUUCAUUCCGCAUUUUGGCAUACUAUACCGUGACCACUGGAGCAGAUCGGGAAAUUGUGGCUGACUCUGUUUGGAUUGAUGUGGAGGAUACCUGUAUGGGGACGCUUGUGAUAACAGGAGAUAAGGACAAAGACAAUGCUGUUCAGCAACCUGGAGCCCCAAUGAAGCUAAAACUACAAGCAGACCAUAAAGCUACCGUUGGACUGGUGGCUGUGGAUAAAGGUGUCUCUGAGAUCAACAAUAAACUGAAGAUCUCCCAGCGAAAGAUCUGGGACUUGGUGGAAAAAUAUGACAUUGGUUGCACACCAGGAAGCGGAGCCAACGCACCAGGAGUGUUUUAUGAUGCUGGCCUUGCCCUGCAGACAAGCUUUCAGAUGACAACUUCUGAGAGAUCAGAACCGUUAUGUCAACCAAAUCUGAAGCGUAGGAGACGUUCCUCAGGCCUGGUGAUUCAAGAACGGAACAAAAGAGCUGAUUAUGAAGAUGAAAUAUUUAUUGAUGAUGAUGAAAUAAUAACCAGAACAGAAUUCCCAGAAAGUUGGCUUUGGAGGAUAGAAGAAAUGAAUGAAGCACCAGAUCCCAAAGGGAUCUCCACUAAGACUAUACCCAUUUUCUUAAAAGAUUCUACCACCACAUGGGAGGUUUUGGCUGUGAGUCUAUCGGACAGUAAAGGUAUCUGUGUGUCUAAACCUCACAAUAUUGAGGUGAGGAAGGACUUCUUCAUUGAUCUGAAGCUUCCAUAUUCUGUGGUGAGAAAUGAACAAGUAGAGAUACGGGCCAUUCUCUACAACUAUCAAAACAUUAGGCUGAAGGUCCGUGUACAUUGGACCUACAAUAAAAACUUCUGCAGUCUUUCUAGUGCCAAGAAGAAGUUCCGACAAGAAGUGGAGAUACAACCUUAUUCAUCUGUGGUUGUUCCAUUUAUCGUUAUACCGCUAACCCUGGGAAAUCAUGACAUUGAAGUAAAGGCAACUAGCGAAUAUUUAUCUGAUGGUGUACAGAAAAAACUGUUUGUUGUGCCAGAAGGAAGACGUCUGACACAGAUGGUGAAAUCAGUUGGUUUGGAGCCAGGACUAAACGGAGGAGUACAAGAAGAGCGGAUCUCUGUAGUAAAUCCCCAAAAUAUUGUUCCCAAUACACAAGUUGACACCAUUAUUACCAUCCAAGGACACCCAGUAGGUGAAAUGGUAGAGGAAUCCAUUGAUGGUGUCCAUCUGGACCACCUGAUAGAGGCUCCAGUUGGAUCUGGUGAGGGAAACAUGCUCACUAUCACAACUUCCUUGAUAGCCACACAUUACUUGGAUUUCAGCAACCAAUGGCAUAGACUAGGACUCCUGCGCAGGGAACAGGCCUUUCAGUACAUCAAAAAUGGUGUUGCUAGACAAUUGACCUACGUGAAAGCAGAUGGUUCAUAUGGUACCUGGGCCAAUAGACCUUCUAGCACAUGGCUCACUGCUUAUGUAGUCAAAGUAUUUUCCUUGGCUUCACGUCUGGUCGAUAUUCAAAAGAAUGCGAUAUGUGAUCCAGUGAAGUGGCUCAUUUUAAAUAAACAAAAUCCAGAUGGGAAAUUCAGAGAGGAUUUUCAUGUCUAUCACCAGGAAAUGGUGGGUGGUAUAACAAAAGGUGCUGUCGAGCUGGAUUCUCGUCUUACAGCUUUCGUCCUCAUCGCCUUGGUGACAAGCGAAGAAACCUGUAAUGACCAAAUUAACUUUCUACCUAGAAGCAUUGAAAAGGCUGUACAAUAUUUAAAUGAUCAUUAUCACUCCCUGAAGAAACCCUACUCCAUCGCCAUCACUUCCUAUGCACUGGCUAAAGCUGGCAAACUUGAGGACUCCAGGAUACUAAUGGCUGCAUCUACAGGUAGCACCCACUGGGAAGAUCCAGGCUCCCACUUCUUAACCCUUGAGGCUACCUCCUAUGCACUUCUCACCCUUUUAAAGUUGAAGGAGUUUGAGAAGGCUGGACCACUGGUGAAAUGGCUAACCGAGCAGAGAUACUAUGGGAAAAUCUGGGGAUCCACACAAUCCACUAUGAUGCAGUUUGAAGCCCUUGCUCAGUACCAGAUGGAUGUACCAGCUUUCAAAGACUUGGACAUGGAUGUCUCCCUCAAACUCCCUAAGAUAUUCGAGCCUACAAAUUAUCAUCUCAGUUUGGAAAACGCCUUGGUGGCCCGAUCAAAACAGAUAAAUGAACUUGGAGACGUUAUAGUCACUGCUAAAGGGAAAGGUCAAGCCACUUUGACGGUAUUGUCUAUCUAUUAUGCGUUUGAGACAGAGAAAAAAUGCAAAAACUUCGAUCUGUCGGUGAAAAUUCAGGAGGAACCUGACUUUAAGAGACCGGAAGGAACCUAUUCUACUGUUUCUGUUACUAUUUGUGCCAGAUUCCUUAAGAACCAUGAUGCCACGAUGUCCAUCAUUGAUAUGUCUAUGAUGACUGGGUUUAAACCAGAUAUAAAUGACCUUAUUAAGCUUAAAACUGGAGUGGACAGAAAUAUCUCCAACUUUGAAAUCAACAAAGGCGCUUUUGAUAAAGGCACAUUGAUUAUCUACAUUGACCAUAUUUCUCACACCAAAGAUGAAUGUCUGAAAUUCCACCUUCAUCAGUACUUUCAAAUAGGACUUAUUCAGCCUGGAUCUGUCACAGUGUACGAUUAUUACACUCCAGAAAACCGGUGCACUAAAUUCUACCACUUGGAGGAAGGCAGCAAACUUCUGGGCAAGAUCUGCAAGGGAGAUUUGUGUCACUGUGCAGGAGAGAGUUGCUUUAUGCAGCAACAGCUUGGUGAGGUGAAGGCUCUUGAUCGAUUACAUAAGGCUUGUGAACCUGCUGUGGAUUAUGUCUACAAGGCAACACUGACGACCAUUGAGAAGGGUGAUAACUAUGACAUCUAUGUCAUGACAAUUACUACAGUCAUUAAAGAAGGUACGGAUGAAAAUGUUGAUAAUCAGAAGCGCAAUUUUAUCAGCCAUGCCAAAUGUAGCAAAGCCUUAAACUUGGAGAAAGGCAAAGACUAUGUGAUCUGGGGAGUGAGAAAAGAUCUGUGGAAUACUGCGGAUGGAUAUGCCUACAUGAUAACCAAGGACACUUGGAUUGAGAUCUCGCCAAAUAACCGAGAUUGCCAGAAAGCUGAGUUCAAAAACGUCUGUAAUGAACUGGAAGAGUUUAUCGAUGAGAUGGAUUUCCGUGGAUGUACCAGUUAAAUUUUUCUGGCCCCACAUUCCCAGUUUCAUAUUCUUGUUUUAUGCGCUAAGAAUAAAUACAUCAAAAAACAUU